UGCCGACGACACUAAAUCCAUUUCUUAAUUCUAGCCUUUAGUUCAGGCCAGUUUAAUCUACUCACGUAAUAUGAGUUCAUGACCUGUCAGCGCAAUCUAAGAAUCUUGGUUGGGUGGCCGAAAUUUUUCAUUCAAAGAUUUAACCAGGCAUCUAAUCUAUACUUAGUAUAGAUCUAGAUAUUCUAUCCGCUGAAAUUCACUCAUUUGUGCCAUGAGUUUAUCCCAGAAGACCAUCAUCCUGCUGGGAAAUGUGGUGCUGUUGUGGAUGCUUAUAUCCACAUUGGUUGUCUCAACCUUUUGGAUAUCCGCAUCUCUGACAAUUGUCCUAGCUGGUGUUGUCAAGUACUUUAGAAUCAAGCCAGUUCCAAAGAGCAGGACCAGUGAAAGGGUCCGCAACUUGUUUGAGUUUGACGCAGAAAAUCACAAGAACAACACUAUUUUCCAUAAAGCGGGUGGUCUACACGCUCCUGAAAAUACUUUAGAAGCCAUUGCACAGGCGGUUAAGUUAGGAAUCCCAUCUAUAGAAGUAGACCUAGAUUUCACCAAGGAUGAUAUUGGUGUACUUAUACAUGGGCCAAAAGUGAAUGACACCACAGAUGGGUCUGGUUUUGUCUCUGAUUUCACUUUUGAAGAGCUUCAGAAACUGAAUGCCGCAGCAAAGUUUGCCAAUAGAAAUGGUUUUACUGCAGUCCGUAUACCCACAUUAGAAGCAUGCCUAGAGAUGUGCAUCCAACAUAAGCUUGUUGUUUUUAUUGACUGUAAAAGUAAUCCUGAACAGACUGCCAAGCUAAUUUCAAGACUCUACAAGAAGUAUCCAGAUCUAUAUGAGCUUGGAAUAGUUUGCUCCUUUUAUCCCAGUAUAAUUUACGCAGUGCGUAAAGCUGACCCCGCCAUCCUGACUGGGCUGACCCACAGAAACUACAUACUGAGUCUGCUGGGGAAUGGGUCUGAGAGAAACAAUGAGCUGUGGAAAAAGUUUGUCUCCCCUUGGCUUGAUAUAGCUUUGGCCUGGUCCCAUUGGGCUAUACUGUGGUACAUUUGUGGCAACUCUUUCUUCUUGUGCUGCAAGGACAAUGUUUGUCUAGAUAACAAAAAGUUCUGGGACAGUCUAGGUGUAACCUUAGUAGCAUGGACAGUCAAUGAUGUAGCAGAGAAACAGUUUUUCCUCAAGUCUCUCAAGGUCCCUAUCAUCACUGAUGGUCUACAUGAGCUAUAACAGCUGUCUUAGGCUAGGACCCUGCUGUUCUGUACACUACAUGACUUGCCGUUACUAAUAAUUUAAUAAUUAGAAUAUUUUUACCUAGGACUUGUUUAUUCAGAGAAGACAAAUUGAUUGAGUUGAUUAAGGAACUUGUUUGUCUAGAUUAAAAAGUACCUGAUGGAUUAGAUCUGACUGGCCAUGUAAUCUUAAGUUAGGAGAUAUACACUAUUAUACCGCUAUUAAUUGUCAUAAUUAAACCAACUAGGGUUAUUGUGGACCAGAAUGUUUUGUUUUCAACUGGUUGAAAUCUACUACAUGAGCAGGUCUCAAUAUUUGUAGUCUAUAUGUUUGCUAAUUUAUAUAUACUCCGUUCUUACCAUUCAAAUAGUUUUUAAAAAUCCAAUUUUAUUUAUCUGUGUAUAAAAACUAGUAUCACAAUUUGCUUAAAAGAAGGAAUAUCAACUAGUUUUUUGAUCUCAUUGUGUUAACUUGAGUAUAUUAUAAUGUAUGAUUGUAUUAGACCUGUUGACAAGAUAAGUUUUAUUAUGUUGUAUUAUUACAUGAAUUAAAAUACAGCUGAAUUUG